AUGAGGAGAGGCCGGAGAAAAGGAGGCAGUCGGGACAAAGUGUUCGGAUGCGACCUGCUGGAGCACCUCAACUCCACCGGACAGGAGAUUCCUCUAGUGUUACGCAGCUGUAGUGAGUUCAUCGAGAAACAUGGGAUCGUCGACGGGAUCUACAGACUGUCUGGAGUGUCGUCCAACACACAGAAACUACGAGAGCUGCCCAACCCUCUGCUCACAUACGAGCUGUACGACCGCUUCGCCGUGAGUCUGCGUCUCUCCCUCUGCUUGCCAGUGCAUCAUGACGCAGUGGCGAUUCAGCUGGAAGACGAGCGACUGGUGAAGAUUAAAGAGGUUCUGAAGGAUUUACCAGCUCUGCAUCACAGGACUCUGGAGUAUUUGAUGCGUCAUCUGGUCAAGAUGUCCACAUUCGCCUCUCAGACCAAUAUGCACGCCAGAAACCUGGCCAUCGUCUGGGCCCCAAACCUCCUCAGAUCGAAGGACAUCGAGUCGACCGGUUUUAACGGCACCGCGGCGUUCAUGGAGGUUCGGGUUCAGUCCAUCGUGGUGGAGUUUAUUCUCACUCACGUGGCCGAGGUUUUCUCAGGAAGCGGAUUGUCUGUGGAGCGCCGGAAGUCCCUGCCGUCUCCCUCAAUACUGUCCACUCAGGACGAUCAUUUCUUCAAGUCUUUACCGUUACACUGUCCAGGAAACCUCAGUCCAGGAGACGGUCCUCCGCCAAUGCGACCGUACCACGCUAUUAUUGACGGCACUGACAAGAGGAAGGGCUCCCUCAAAGGAAGGAAGUGGAGAUCCAUCUUUAAUUUGGGCGGGAGACUCCAAGAUCCGCGCAAGAAGAACAAAUACUGUACUAAAGAUAAAGAAAAGACAGCUCUGAGGCCGGCGAAGAGCAUGGAAACUCUGAGCUCAGGUCCUUAUGCACUAGACGAUUCCAAACAUCCUCCUCUGGUUCUGUCCACGGCAUCAGGCAGCUCAGAGGGCGUGGCUUCUGCCGGCGGGGGCGUGUCCAGUGGAUACGCGGUGACCUACAGGCGAACGGGCGGAGCUCAGGUCAGCAUGGUGAGUGGAGGGACUCCAGGAACUUAUAGCCGUCUGGAGUCUGGGGGCGGAGCCGAGGGUGUGUCGCAGGGCGUGGCCAGAUCGCCCGGAAUGACCAGCAAAGCAGACCGGCGCGCCGGGAUACACAUAUCAGGGCCAUUUUCAGUGACCGUCCCGCUUCAUAUAACGUCUGGACUGGCUCUGGGUGUCCUGCACGGCGGCUGGAACGAUAAGGAACAACCCCUACAAGGAGACGAAGCAGAAGAUGAGGACGUUAAGAGCAUAGAUACGGAGUCCACAGAUGGGAAUCCACAGAGCAAAAAUGAUAAUGUUCAAGAGAGGGAAAGAGAAACCAAUAGUUAUGUGGAAAGUCAGGUGGAUUGUGGAAAGGAUAUGGCAGAGCUUACAAGAAAUGAGAACAAUGUGCCAGAAAAAGGAGACUCACUGUGUGGCAAAGAAGCAGAGAAAGAAAAUCUGAGCCAGAAUCAAGAGUCUAUGAAGGAAAAUGUAAAAGACACACAACCACAAAACAAAGAGGAAACCACAGAAGAGGAUUACGUUGAAAUGAGAGGAAACCUCCAUCAGGAACCCAUCAGUCCGCACUACUACGAGGACAUGGAGUUUCCAGACCCGGAUCUGCCACUUGAUUUCCAGGAAGCUUUCGGGUUCUUGGAUUUGAUGGACAGCUGUGCUGCAAACCCGGUUGAGUUCUCAGUCGAGGCGCCUUGUUUUGAGAACGAAUAUGAGGAAGAGGAGGAUGAAAACCAGGACAAUCAGGCCGAUUCCUGUCCAUCGCAAAACUGCACUAAUGAGCAUCAAACACCUGCAGCCAAAAGCAGCAGCCCUUCCUUCACACACAGGCCUCUUCCUGGAAAAUCACACAGCCUGCCUUAUAAGUCCCGCCCCUUCCUGCCGGCCCCGUCAUUAUCCUCAGAUGACGAGUACAGCCCUGCUGAUGAUGAUGAUGAGUCUGAUAAAGGUUCUGAAUAUGAGGACAUGUUUUGUCAGAGUCUCCCAGUCGGUCGGGAUUAUCAGGGACUGUCUUGGUUGAGUCCACAAACCACCGCUGGCUCGUCUACUAGCAACAAUGUAGAUCUUCACACUAGUAACCAUUCAAACGCACUUCCUCCAGAGAACAAUAAUGAUGCACAAUCCAUCGACCAAUCAGAAGACGCGAUUCCUGCAGCUUCUGCAUGGACAGACAGUAGUGAACCCGCUUUUGAGCCACUGCUUAGUGAAGAACAUCUCAGUUCAGAUGCAUUGAAGACAGAUGAAGUGUGUGUGGAUGAAAAGAAGAAUGAAGAGAGACAUUCAAAGGAUGUGGAGAAUGAUAAACACACACUGAUAGAAGAUGAUCCAGAGAGUGAAGCCAGUGAAGAAGACACUUAUUUUGGACCAGACUCGAUUCCUUCUUCACCAGAACCCGACCAAACUGAGACCGACAGCACCAGCGUUCCUGAGCCCAUCCCAGCACUGUCUCCAGCUGAAGAUGCUCAGCAGGUGCUGGAUGCUGACGGUUGCCAUGGUAACAGUGAGGUAACCAUCACCGCUGAGCUCACGGAUGCAGACCGCGUCUCGCUGACUCCUCAAGACCAACCGCCAGAGGAACAAACACUGAUUAUCCACCAAACAAAGACCGAAGAGGGUCAAACGGAGGAGGAUGAGAAGACUGAAGAAACUAUGAAAGUUGUGAGGAAUAUGGAGGAAAAUGAAGGAGAAGAGUGUGAGGACAGCAACAAAACAGAUGCAGGUGAAGGAAAGUGUGAAGAUGUUGAGGAAGAUGCAAAAGCUGGAUCUGUAGAGGAAUGUAGUGAUGGGAACGGAGAACAAAAACAAGUGAACACGACUGAAAGAAAAGAAGAUUUAGAUGAAAAUAGUGGAGAUUGUGAGGAAAAUGCAAAAGAUGGACCUAAAGAAGAAGCCAAAAGACACGAUUUAGAGAAAAACAGUGGAGAAUGUGAAGAAGGAGAUGAAGAACACGCAAAAGAAGAAGAACAAGAAGCUAAAAGACAAGAAGAUUUAGAAGAAAAUAGUGGAGAAUCUGAGAGGGUAGAUGAGGAACUUACAAAAGAAGGAGAACAAGACAAAAACAAAGCUGAAAGACAAGAAGAUUUAGAGGAAAAUAGUGGAGAAUGUGAGGAAAAUGCAAAUGAUGGACCUAAAGAAGAAGCCAAAAGACAAGAUUUAGAGAAAAACAGUGGAGAAUGUGAAGAAGGAGAUGAAGAACACGCAAAAGAAGAAGAACAAGACGCUAAAAAUUCAAAAGAGAAUAAUGGAGAAUCUGAGAGUGUAGAUGAGGCGCAUUCAAAAGAAGGAGAACAAGACCAAAACAAAGCUGAAAGACAAGAAGAUUUAAAGGGAAAUAGUGCAGAAUGUGAAGAAGGAGAUGAAGAACAUGCAAAAGAAGAAGAACAAGAAGAUUUCGAGGAAAAUAGUGAAGAAAAUGCAAAAGAUGGAUCAAAAGAAGAAGCCAAACAAGAUUUAGAGAAAAACAGUGGAGAAUGUGAAGAAAUAGAUGAGGAACAUGCAAAAGAAGAAGAACAAGAAGCUAAAAAUGUAAAGGAAAAUAGUGAAGAAUCUGAGAGUGUAGAUGAGGAGCAUACAAAAGAAGGAGAACAAGACCAAAACAAAGCUGAAAGACAGGAAGAUUUAGAUGAAAGCCGUGAAGGAAACUCUGAGGAGGACGUGAACGUAAAAACAGAAAGUUCUGUUGAGGGAGAUCUUUCUCCUGAAGGUGGAGAUGAUCCGGAGAAGUCCACACUCGUGCAGCGUCCAGACGAGAUGCAACACGAACAAACAGAAAGCAAAGAGGCGCCUCGCAAACGUUCUCCACGCAAAGCUGCGAAUGCCACGAAAGCGGUUCCUGCCGUCCCUCCCAAACCUCAGACCUCCAAACUCACGGCGUUCACGCUCAGAAAACAGCUUCAGCACCGACAACACGACGAUAAAGAGGCGCAGGCAACCGACCAAGAACAUGGAGCGGAAACUAAAACGCCACCAUUUAUAUUUUGA